CCAGUCCCUGCGGCUGCUCAGUGGUCUGUGUGUGCACUGGAUGAUGGCUGCGUCGAAACCCGUCGACCCCGACUCCGGGAGCGCUCUCCCCCGGUGGCAGCUGGCCCUCCUGGUCGGGGCUCCCCUUGCGCUCGGAAUUGGAGCCGCGUACCUGUGGAGCAGAAGUCGUGCCAAGGAGAAGCGAAGUAAAGGCGACGGAGAGAGGAAAACCCCCGAAGGCAGCGCCAGCCCAGUCCAGGGCCAGCACGGUGCGACCAACCCCGAGCAGGACGACAUGAGCCCUCUAGAUAGGGCCCAGGCUGCCAAGAACAGGGGCAAUAAGUACUUCAAGGCAGGCAAGUAUGAACAAGCCAUCCAGUGCUACACAGAGGCCAUCAGCCUGUGCCCCAAAGAGCAGAAGAGUGACCUGUCCACCUUCUACCAGAACAGAGCCGCCGCGUUUGAGCAGCAGUCAAAAUGGACAGAGGUGGUAGAGGACUGCUCCCUGGCUGUCGAGAUGAACCCGCGCUACGUCAAAGCCCUCUUCAGACGUGCCAAGGCCCAGGAAAGACUGGACAACAAGAAGGAGUGCCUAGAAGAUGUGACAGCUGUAUGUAUCCUCGAGGCCUUCCAGAACCAACAAAGCAUGCUCCUGGCUGAUAAAGUGCUGAAACAGCUGGGUAAAGAGAAGGCCAAAGAAAAAUACAAGAGCCGUGAGCCUCUCAUGCCAUCUCCUCAGUUCAUCAAAUCCUAUUUUAGCUCCUUCACUGAUGACAUCAUCUCCCAACCCCUUCAGAAGGGGGAGAAGAAGGAUGAGGACAAGGAUAAAGAGGGCGAGAGUGCUGAGGUCACGGAGAGCUCGGGCUAUUUGAAGGCCAAGCAGUACAUGGAGGAGGAGAAUUACGACAAGAUCAUCAGUGAGUGCACGAAGGAGAUCGAGUCGAAGGGCAGGUACUCAGCAGAGGCUCUUCUGCUCAGAGCCACCUUCUAUCUGCUCAUCGGCAAUGCCACGGCUGCCCAGCCUGAUCUGGACCGAGUCAUUAACAUGCAGGAUGCCAACGUCAAGCUGCGGGCAAACGCUCUGAUCAAGCGCGGCAGCAUGUACAUGCAGCAGCAGCUACCCCAGCUCUCCACCCAAGACUUCAACAUGGCUGCUGAAAUCGACUGUCGCAACGCGGACGUGUACCACCACAGGGGACAGCUGAAGAUCCUUCUGGACCAGGUAGAAGAGGCAGUGGCAGAUUUUGACGAAUGCAUUCUGCUCAAGCCAGACUCUGCCCUAGCUCAGGCCCAGAAGUGUUUUGCUCUGUAUAGGCAGGCAUAUACUGGAAAUAACCCAUCCCAGGUGCAGACAGCCAUGACCGGCUUCGAGGACGUUAUCAAGAAGUUUCCAAAGUGUGCAGAGGGCUAUGCUCUUUAUGCACAGGCACUGACAGACCAGCAGCAGUUUGGGAAGGCAGAUGAGAUGUAUGACAAGUGUAUUGAACUAGAGCCUGACAAUGCUACAACAUAUGUACAUAAAGGACUUCUGCAGCUCCAGUGGAAGCAGGACCUGGACUUAGGACUGGAUCUCAUUAGCAGAGCCAUCGAGAUUGACAACAAAUGUGACUUUGCCUAUGAAACUAUGGGAACCAUUGAAGUCCAAAGAGGCAACCUUGAUAAGGCCAUCGACAUGUUCAACAAGGCCAUAAACCUGGCCAAAUCUGAGAUGGAGAUGGCCCAUCUGUACUCACUCUGUGAUGCUGCCUAUGCUCAGACAGAGGUGGCCCGGAAGUACGGGCUCAAGCCCCCGACGCUGUAGCUCCCCGGGCCCUGGUCAUCUACGGGGCUCCUGCAUAUCCUCUAAUGUCUAGGUUGUUUUAUCUUGUCUACGAUGUUGAAUCAUUAUUGAGAGGGAGAAAGAGUAAUGCAAUUACAUUUGUCACAUUUGAUUAGAGUAAUGGUGAGGGAGGUGUGAGGGUCACAACACAUGUAAGUGAGCCUGAGGAGGGGUUGAGAGAGAUGACGAUGGGAACCAAAAUUAAUACAGCUCAUGGCUUUACUGCCUCUGGCAAAUCAGCAAUGGUUUAGGCCAUACACCACCACCAGACACUUUGCAUGGCCCAGAAUAACAUCACCCUUCAUAAAAGCAGGCAUAUAUUCCUGUUUAGCUUCCCUUGUUAUGUUGUAUGUCCUUUGUUAAUCUUUAUUGAUUAUAACACUCAUUUUCCCCAAGAUAUAUUGAAUAAACAUUUAUCAAUAAUUUGAAACAAAUGAAUUUGAUAGCUUUAUCUUUUGAGUUUUUUUCCCCCUGGAGACAAUAAAAUAUUUUCACUGAUCUCCAUGCGCACACAGUUGGAAGAAAAUUGUUGACUUGAUCUGGACUUGUUGCUGUGAUGUUCUAGGAUGUUAUCUACAGUUCCUCCCUCUGUCACAUCGAUAUUGUAGGACUUGGAUAUUUACUUCAUUGAUUUGUGAGUGCAGAAUAAGGUCUUGUACAUGAGCUAUAUAGACUGUGUUAGAAGACUGUCAGUGUUAUUUUGAUUGUCUGGAAAUAUGUUUGGUGAAGAGUUUUGGGCCAUACAGUAAUUUCAUUUUUCUUAUCCAUAUAUCUUUCAUUUGUUUUAUUUUUCCUUUCGGUUCUUAUUUGGGGACUAUCAGGUUUUUUUUUUCUUUUUGUACUCUGUACAGCUUGUGUGAGAUUUCUCUUUAUAAAUAAAUAUUAAUAAGACACUUCUGCAGUAAUUCUAAACUAGUGUAAUGCCGUCCAGCCAGUUGCUUUGGUACAGGAACAUCUGAAAAUGCUAUCUUGUUUUUAGAUCAGCACGUUUUAGGGUAGGGUUAAUAACUUGCAUUGUUCUGAGUCAGAAGAGAGGAAAAUGAAAAGCCAAACUAUAGUAAAGUGAUUUCACUGGAAUUCUAAGUAUGAAAACACCUGAAUGAUAAGGUACCAUCUGAAAUCCUUGUAUCUAAAGAUAUAAGGCAGGCUUUUGUGCAGAAGCAACAAAGAUGCAGUAAAAGAAAUUCCCGCUGUUGCCUAUUGCUAUAUUUCACCGAUUUUUUAAUUUUUUUAUUUUUUUUUUUUAAUUAAGGUUUUUUAUUUUACUUAUUUAUUUAUUUUUUUAUUUUGUGAAAUUUUUAUUUGGAGGAAGUUUGUUCCAUGCUAACAUUAUGGCUGAUACAGCUUAUCAUUGUCAGAUGAAAAAUAGUUUCCAAUCAUAACAGGUGAUAACAUGAUAAGGCAGCAUGUACCGUUCCUGCUAGUAUGUUUGUGUAAUACCUUUGUAGAGUUCUUUUAAUGAAUUGCUUCAAUUCUACAGCCUUAAAGUUGAAUGUCAAAUGGAUAACGGAUGUCCUCAGUCUAUCAUAUGUUUAAGAUGUCAAGGGCUUUCACACAUUUCCUUACAGCUGUAAAAUGUUAUUCAUAUUUCAAAAGAAAAUAUAUACCUCUUGUUUGAUGGUU